AUGUGUGUCUCGCUUCGGCCCCUGACUGCAUCACUCCUUGGAGCGAAACGCAAAAACUUCACCUGUUCUUCCGUGUUCAAGAGAACGUGGGUAAUCAGCCACACCAAACAGCGGUUGGUUCUGGUUGCAACCUCGCAGGACCUGGCGCAUUGGAACGUGGCGACUGGCAGUGCCAAGGCACCAGUACAAGUGCUGCCGACGAGGCUUCAAGAGACAAGAAACAAAGUUCGGCACUUCCUGAUGAAGUCCGACGCAGGACUCCGUGACAUCCGAGACAAAGACUGCAAGGACAUGGGCACAAGCAACAAUCUUGUGGAUUUUGUAGCCCCAGACAAGAGCAUGGAGAAGGCCUGUUGCGAGGUGGUGAACAAGUGGCGUGGGCCCGGCGUUCGCAGGAGUUCUGGAUGCUCUGCGAUGUGGCGGGUUCACACACUUCCACCUGGAAGCAGCAGGCGUCACGAGUCCAAAGUUCUGGACACGGGAAGGGAACUUGGCGGCGAACUUGGACUUCAUGGUGUGGGCAUAAUACCGACGCACCGGCAUCCUCUUCCUUGCCGAGUGCGUCUUCUUCAUCUUCCACGCCGCCCACGAGCCUCCCGCCAUUCCAAGGACAAAGCGGCGGGUAUGCAUUGA